UUAAAGGAACUUGACAUGGCAGACACAAGCUGGGUAAAAUCUGCGAAGAGUUUGAAAGGUGUGGUUUUAGACAUGUGUGGCGUUUUGUAUGACAGUGGAGAAGACGGCGGGGUUCCCAUUCCUGGCUCGGUUGAAGCAGUGAAACAACUCAAGGCAUCUGACCUAAAGCUGCGUUUUUGCACCAAUGAGACCCAGGCCACUAGGGAGAAGUUUGUAGCUAAGCUUCAAAGAAUGGGCUUUGACAUCUCUGUGUCUGAGGUGUUCUCUCCAGCCCCAGCAGCCGUGGCUAUCCUGAAGGAGAGGGGCUUGCGGCCACACCUGCUGGUCUAUGAUGGGGUUGUACCAGAGUUUGACAGUGUUAACAAGGCCGAUCCAAACUGUGUGGUCAUAGGGGAUGCAGCCGAGAAUUUCUCCUACCAAAACUUGAACGACGCCUUCAGGGUACUUAUAGGCCUGGAGAAGCCAGUACUUUUUUCACUGGGUAAAGGGAGGUACUACAAAGAGACAGAUGGUUUGAAACUGGAUGUAGGGGUUUUCAUGAAGGCUCUGGAGUAUGCCUGCGAUACAGAGGCUGAGGUCAUAGGGAAGCCAUCCUGUGUGUUCUUCCAGAGUGUUCUGAAUGACAUGGGGAUACAACCACACGAGGCACUGAUGAUUGGGGAUGAUCUGGUUAGUGAUGUAGGUGGAGCCCAGCAAUGUGGAAUGAAAGGUGUACAAGUCAGGACUGGCAAAUACAGGUCAGCCAGUGAUGAGAGGCACCCGACUGUGACGGCUGAUGGCACCGUCGACGACCUGGCCCACGCUGUGGAAAUGAUCCUCAAUGAGAGGGGCCACUGAGGAGGAGCAGGCAAUAAACCACGGAGCCCCCCCCGACACACGUCGCUUCUCCUGGCCCCGGACAUCCAUUCAUGACCGGGACAGGCAGAAUAGGACCCAGAAACGUAGACCUGGGCCCAAUAGUGCGUGCAAAUAGUUUUUUAGCGCUUAUUUUAACCUGCUUUGAGUACCACAAGAAAAAGGUAGCGUUUCACUGCAUCGCCACCUUUUAGGUUAAGUUGUCAAUUACCUGAACACUGGAAUAACUUUCAGGUAUUUUGAGGCACCUGUAAUUCUCGUCCAUUGUGUAAUCCAACACAGUGAACGUUACCCAUUUGCACUUGAAAUGGUAUUAAAACAGUUAUCUACGACAUACAUAGGGCUGUUUGAGAAAAAUAGAGGAUUUAAUGCUGAACACUGAAAAGUUAUGAAGAGUGGCACUACAGGUUUAUCAGUAGAUUACUGAUGUGGUGACAGACGAUACCUCAUAUUUUCAUGUAUGUGCGUACUUAUGUAGCUUGUUCAAGAAGGGAUAUGUAAUAUUAAUAUGUGUAUUGCCCCUCCUGCAUUGUCGUUCAGCCAACAGAGCUAAUGUAUAUCAACAGUCACCUAUAUUCCUUAGGAGUCAAACAAAUGACAAAGAUAAUAGUCAAGUCAGGUUUAUUUGUACAGUCCAGUAUCACAAAUUACAGAUUUGCCUCAGGGGGCUUAAAAAUGCUAUCCCAUAGUGUAGAACAUGCUGCUACUACUGAUAACCUUUUCUUUUGUUUCUAAUUAAAUCAUCCCUUUCUUCCUG